AUGCAAGAUCAGCACCACAUCGUAAGGAUAGGCGGCAGAAAGUCCAAAUUGGCCGUGGUUCAGUCUCACGAGGUAAAAGAUAUGAUUGAAGAUGCUUUCCCACAUUAUAGCUGUACAGUGCGUGCCUUGAAGACUUUGGGGGAUCAGGUUCAGUCGAAACCGCUCUACUCUUUUGGCGGGAAAGCAGUUUGGACUAAAGAACUGGAAGACCUGCUUUAUGAGAAAGACAAAGAAAAGAGAAUUGAUCUUAUCGUACAUUCGCUAAAGGACAUGCCCACCUCUCUUCCUGAGGGGUUUGAGCUUGGUGGAGUCACGAAGCGCGUUGACCCCAGCGAUUGCCUUAUAAUGGCCAAGGGAAGCACAUACAAAACUCUGGAUGACCUUCCCGACGGUAGCGUGGUGGGUACCUCGUCAAUCAGAAGAUCUGCUCAGCUGAGGCGCAAGUAUCCGAAACUUGUGUAUGAGAGUGUCAGAGGAAACAUUGAAACCAGGCUGAGUAAGCUCGACGACCCUGUAACUCCAUUUGCUUGCAUUGUCUUGGCCACUGCUGGCUUGUUGAGGACCAAAUUGGAGCAUAGAAUCACUCAACGCUUGGACUCAUCUGUCAUGUAUCAUGCUGUUGGUCAAGGUGCUUUAGGAAUUGAAAUGAGGUCUAAGGACCCAUGGGUGACUGAAAUUUUGGAGAAGAUCAACCACAAGGAGACUUCUAUCUGUUGCAUUGCUGAGAGGUCCCUCAUGCGGACUCUGGAGGGUGGCUGUUCGGUCCCAAUUGGCGUUGAAUCCCGCUAUGACGAGAGUACUAAGACCCUAACUUUGAAGGGUGUGGUAGUAAGCGUUGAUGGCACCGACGCCGUUGAAGAUGAGUGCUCAAUGGUCAUAGAAGAACAACGACAGGACGCUAUCAUCUGCGGCCAACAGUUGGCACAGAGAAUGAUCAAGAAAGGUGCCAAAUCUAUCCUGGAUCUCAUUAACCUGGAUAAGAUUGUACAAUAA